UUCUUCUUUUUUCAUAAUGGUUUCUGCAGAAACUAAACCUAAUAGUUCAUCAAAUUUCAAAUUAAUUGAUGGAAGAAAAUUAUCUUACAAAGAAAGAGGUGUUCCAAAGGAAAAAUCAAAUUACAGAAUUAUAUUUAUUCAUGGAUUUGACAGCUCCAAAGAAAGGGAUUUUCUUGCACCCCAGGAAUUUAUGAACACGAUGGGAGUUUAUAUAGUUCAAUUCGAUCGAGCUGGAUAUGGAGGAAGUGAUCCUAAUCCGAAACGAUCGUUAAGGAGUGAAGCAUCAGAUAUUGAAGAAUUAGCAAAUUACUUGGAAUUGGGAUCCAAAUUCUACAUAAUUGGUUUCUCCAUGGGAUCUUACCCAACCUGGAGUUGCAUCAAACACCUAUCACAUAGGUUAGUAGGGGUGGCAUUUGUGGCUCCCAUUGUCAAUUACCAAUGGCCUUCUCUACCAGAAUCUGUAUUAAAGGACGAUGAAAGGAAGAAGUGGUACAAAAGGAUGACUUUGGUUGCAAGAUAUGCUCCUAAGUUAUUGCAUUGGUGGAUAAAUCGAAAAAUGUCUCAAUCCUCCUCUACCGAUGGUACAAAACCUACAUACUUUACAGACAAGGACUUGGAGCUUUUGAAGAAUGCACCUGGAUUUCAAUUUCUUACCGCGGACAAGCUAAAGAGCAGAAGUGUUUUCAACAACCUCCGUAGUGACUUCCUUGUGGCGUUUAGUAAAUGGGAUUUUGAUCCUUUGGAGCUUAGCAAUCCUUUUUCUGAAAACGAUAAACGUCCUGUUCACAUCUGGCAUGGGUGUGAAGACAGAUUUAUCAAUUUGAAACUACAAAGACAUGUCUCAGAAAGGUUACCUUGGAUUCAAUAUCACGAAGUUCACGAUGGUGGACAUUUGUUGAUCUAUGAUACCGCGGUCUGUGAAGCCAUCUUAAAGUCUCUUUUGCUUGGCGAGGACACACCACUCUAUACACCUAAAUUUACCUCCUGACUGUCACACCCCUUUUUCGUAGACUUUAUAACCAUUUCUGUUAUAAGUUCUCAACCGAAAACAUCUUUUACACCACCAGCAUUAGGACUCAACCAAUUUGUUGUGUGUUCUGUAGAAGAUGCAGACGCGAUCAAUGUCAAAGUAUCGGGACAACUAAAAAAGAAAACAAAGGUU